CGGCGGCAGCGGCGGCAGCAGCUGUGGCGGCAUCCCGAGGCGUGGGGACAGCUCCCGACCCGCGAGUGAUGGCCAAGCGCCUGCGGCCGGCCGCCUAAAUCCCCGCCCUGCCCGGCGGCUGCCCGCGCUUCCUCGGCUUCGGGCAGCGGCGGCGGCCCAUGCGGGAUCCGGCCUCCGCAGAGGCGACAGAGGCACGGGCGGCCGGGGGGGCGUUAGGGGUAUCGGCUGGGGGACGAGGCCCGAGCGGGCGGCGCCGGCACCAUGGCCGCGUCGGAGCUCUACACAAAGUUUGCCAGGGUUUGGAUACCUGAUCCUGAGGAAGUCUGGAAAUCAGCAGAGUUGCUCAAAGACUAUAAACCAGGAGAUAAAGUGCUUCAGCUACGCCUUGAGGGAGGCAAGGAUUUGGAAUAUUGCUUAGAUCCAAAGACAAAGGAGCUGCCUCACUUACGAAACCCUGAUAUCCUUGUGGGUGAAAAUGACCUCACAGCUCUUAGCUAUCUUCAUGAACCUGCUGUGCUCCAUAAUCUCAGAGUCCGUUUUAUUGAUUCCAAACUUAUUUAUACCUAUUGUGGUAUUGUUUUAGUAGCUAUAAAUCCUUAUGAACAGCUGCCUAUCUAUGGCGAAGAUAUCAUUAAUGCGUAUAGUGGCCAGAACAUGGGAGAUAUGGAUCCUCACAUCUUUGCUGUGGCAGAAGAGGCUUAUAAGCAGAUGGCCAGGGAUGAACGGAACCAGUCCAUCAUUGUAAGUGGAGAGUCUGGUGCAGGAAAGACAGUCUCUGCUAAGUAUGCCAUGAGAUACUUUGCAACUGUGAGUGGUUCUGCCAGUGAGGCCAAUGUUGAAGAGAAAGUCCUGGCCUCUAAUCCCAUUAUGGAGUCAAUUGGAAAUGCUAAAACCACGAGGAAUGAUAACAGCAGCCGUUUUGGGAAAUACAUCGAGAUUGGUUUUGAUAAGAGAUAUCGAAUUAUUGGUGCCAACAUGAGAACUUAUCUUUUAGAGAAAUCCAGAGUGGUGUUCCAGGCAGAAGAGGAGAGAAACUAUCAUAUCUUUUACCAGCUGUGUGCCUCAGCAAAGUUACCUGAAUUUAAAAUGCUACGAUUAGGAAAUGCUGACUACUUUCACUACACAAAACAAGGAGGCAGCCCUGUAAUUGAUGGAGUUGAUGAUGCCAAGGAAAUGGUGCAUACAAGGCAGGCCUGUACUUUGCUAGGAAUUAAUGAGUCCUAUCAGAUGGGAAUUUUCCAAAUACUUGCUGGCAUCCUUCACCUAGGCAAUGUUGGGUUUACUUCCCGGGACUCAGACAGCUGCUCAAUACCUCCAAAACAUGAGCCUCUUAUCGUUUUCUGUGAUCUUAUGGGAGUUGAAUAUGAAGAAAUGUGUCAUUGGCUUUGCCAUAGGAAGCUGGCUACUGCAACUGAGACCUAUAUCAAACCAAUUCCCAAAUUGCAGGCCACUAAUGCUCGGGAUGCCUUGGCCAAACAUAUCUAUGCUAAACUCUUUAACUGGAUUGUAGAUCAUGUCAAUCAAGCUCUUCAUUCUGCUGUGAAGCAGCACUCUUUUAUUGGAGUGUUGGAUAUUUACGGGUUUGAAACAUUUGAGAUAAAUAGCUUUGAACAAUUUUGCAUCAACUAUGCCAAUGAGAAACUACAGCAACAAUUCAACAUGCAUGUCUUUAAGCUAGAACAAGAAGAGUAUAUGAAGGAGCAAAUUCCAUGGACACUCAUAGAUUUUUAUGACAAUCAACCUUGUAUUAACCUUAUUGAAGCAAAACUGGGCAUUCUGGAUUUGUUGGAUGAAGAGUGCAAGAUGCCUAAAGGUUCAGAUGACACAUGGGCCCAGAAGUUGUACAACACACAUUUGAACAAAUGCGCACUCUUUGAAAAGCCCCGUCUGUCAAACAGAGCUUUUAUCAUUCAGCAUUUUGCUGACAAAGUUGAAUACCAGUGUGAAGGCUUUUUGGAGAAGAAUAAGGACACAGUUUUUGAAGAACAAAUUAAAGUUCUUAAAUCAAGCAAGUUUAAGAUGCUCCCAGAAUUAUUUCAAGAUGAUGAAAAAGCCAUUAGCCCCUCUUCAGCCACUCCUUCUGGGCGUACCCCACUCUACAGGACUCCUAUAAAGCCAACUAAGGUUAGACCAGGCCAGUCAACAAAAGAGCACAAGAAAACUGUGGGACACCAGUUCAGAAACUCCCUUCAUCUGCUGAUGGAGACUCUCAAUGCUACAACUCCCCAUUAUGUGCGCUGUAUUAAACCAAAUGACUUCAAGUUUCCAUUUACGUUUGAUGAAAAGCGGGCAGUACAGCAGUUGAGGGCAUGUGGUGUCUUGGAAACCAUCCGAAUUAGUGCAGCAGGUUUUCCCUCCAGGUGGACAUAUCAAGAAUUUUUUAGUCGCUAUCGUGUCUUGAUGAAGCAAAAAGAUGUACUUAGUGACAGGAAGCAGACGUGCAAAAAUGUAUUAGAGAAGUUGAUACUGGAUAAAGAUAAAUACCAGUUUGGUAAGACCAAGAUAUUUUUCCGAGCGGGGCAAGUAGCUUAUUUGGAAAAAAUAAGGGCAGACAAGUUAAGGGCUGCCUGUAUCCGCAUCCAGAAGACAAUUCGGGGCUGGUUGCUGCGAAAGAAAUACCUGCGUAUGAAGAAGGCAGCUAUUACUAUUCAGAGAUAUGUUCGAGGCUACCAGGCGCGAUGCUAUGCCAAGUUUCUGCGCAGAACCAAUGCAGCCACCAUCAUUCAGAAGUACUGGCGAAUGUAUGUGGUCCAAAAGAAGUACCAAAUCAAGCGAGCAGCCACUAUCAUUCUUCAGUCUUACUUACGAGGCUACAUGGCUAGAAAUAGAUAUCAUAAGAUCCUCUGUGAACAUAAGGCCAUCAUCAUCCAGAAGCAGGUGCGUGGCUGGCUGGCUCGGCUGCACUAUAAAAGGUGCCUAAAGGCCAUCGUUUACCUGCAAUGCUGUUUCCGACGAAUGAUGGCCAAACGAGAACUGAAGAAGUUGAAGAUUGAGGCCCGCUCUGUUGAGCGCUACAAAAAGCUGCACAUUGGUAUGGAAAACAAGAUUAUGCAGUUGCAGCGUAAAGUUGAUGAACAGAACAAAGAGUAUAAAUGCCUACUUGAGAAGCUGACCACCCUGGAGGGGACAUAUACCUCAGAAACUGAGAAACUACGCAGUGAUCUGGGUCGCCUCCAGCUUAGUGAGGAGGAGGCAAAGAUUGCCACUAGUCGAGUCCUCAGUCUUCAAGAAGAAAUUGCCAAGCUACGGAAAGACUUGGAACGAACUCAGUCAGAGAAAAAAACAAUUGAGGAGUGGGCAGACAAGUACAAAAAAGAAACAGAGCAGCUGGUAUCAAAUCUGAAGGAAGAAAACACAUUGCUGAAAAAGGAAAAAGAGACACUCAACCAUCUCAUUUCUGAGCAGGCCAAAGAGAUAACAGAGACCAUGGAGAAGAAGUUAAUAGAGGAAACAAAACAGUUAGAACUUGAUCUAAAUGAUGAAAGGUUGAGGUACCAGAACCUUCUGAAUGAAUUCAGUCGUCUAGAGGAGCGGUACGAUGAUCUCAAGGAAGAGAUGACCAUAAUGGUGCACGUACCUAAGCCUGAACACAGAAGAACUGACUCUACCCACAGCAGCAAUGAAUCUGAAUAUACAUUUAGCUCUGAAAUUACAGAGAAUGAAGACAUUCCAUUGAGGUUGGAGGAACCAAGUGAGAAGAAGGCACCUCUGGAUAUGUCCUUGUUCCUCAAGCUCCAGAAGAGGGUAACUGAAUUGGAGCUGGAAAAGCAAGCCAUGCAAGAUGAACUGGACCGAAAGGAGGAGCAAGUGCUCCGAAGCAAGGCUAAGGAAGAAGAAAGACCUCAAAUUAGGGGUGCUGAACUGGAAUAUGAAUCACUCAAGCGUCAAGAACUGGAAUCAGAAAAUAAGAAAUUAAAGAAUGAGCUGAAUGAGUUACGUAAAGCCCUCAGUGAAAAGGGUGCUCCGGAAGUGACUGCUCCAGGUGCUCCUGCCUACAGAGUCCUCAUGGAGCAGCUGACUUCAAUCAGUGAAGAACUGGAUGUUAGAAAAGAGGAAGUCCUCAUCCUGAGGUCUCAGCUGGUGAGCCAGAAAGAGGCUAUUCAACCUAAGGAGGACAAGAAUACAAUGACAGAUUCCACAAUCCUCUUAGAAGAUGUACAGAAAAUGAAAGACAAAGGAGAAAUAGCACAGGCAUACAUUGGACUGAAGGAAACAAACAGACCAUUCCCUAUGGAUUGCCAUGAGCUGAAUGAGGAUGAAGAGCUGUGGCUGGUUUAUGAAGGGUUAAAACAAGCCAACAGACUCUUGGAAUCACAACUCCAGUCCCAGAAAAAGAGCCAUGACAAUGAAACAGAGGCAUUGAGGGGUGAGAUCCAGAGUCUAAAGGAGGAGAAUAAUCGCCAGCAGCAGCUGUUGGCCCAGAACCUGCAGUUACCGCCUGAGGCCCGCAUUGAAGCCAGCCUGCAGCAUGAGAUUACCCGGCUGACCAAUGAGAAUUUGUAUUUUGAGGAAUUAUAUGCAGAUGACCCUAAGGACUAUCAAUCAUAUCGGAUUUCACUUUACAAACGGAUGAUUGAUUUGAUGGAACAACUUGAAAAACAGGACAAGACUGUCCGGAAAUUGAAGAAACAGCUGAAAGUAUUUGCUAAAAAAAUUGGAGAACUGGAAGUGGGGCAGAUGGAGAACAUAUCUCCUGGGCAGAUCAUUGAUGAACCUAUCCGUCCAGUGAACAUACCCAGGAAGGAAAAGGAUUUCCAGGGAAUGUUGGAAUAUAAGAAGGAUGAUGAGCAAAAACUUGUCAAGAAUCUCAUCCUGGACUUGAAACCACGUGGGGUAGCUGUCAAUUUGAUCCCCGGGUUACCAGCCUACAUUUUAUUUAUGUGUGUCCGACAUGCUGACUACCUGAACGAUGAUCAGAAAGUGAGGUCAUUGCUGACAUCAACAAUUAACAGCAUUAAAAAAGUACUGAAGAAAAGAGGUGACGAUUUUGAAACUGUUUCCUUCUGGCUAUCAAAUACAUGCCGAUUUUUGCACUGUUUGAAGCAAUACAGUGGAGAAGAGGGAUUUAUGAAGCACAAUACACCUCGCCAGAAUGAACACUGCCUCACCAACUUUGACCUGGCUGAGUACCGGCAGGUGCUGAGUGACUUGGCAAUUCAGAUCUACCAGCAGCUUGUUCGAGUAUUAGAGAACAUCCUUCAGCCAAUGAUUGUUUCUGGCAUGCUGGAGCAUGAAACCAUCCAAGGAGUGUCAGGAGUGAAGCCCACUGGGCUACGGAAGAGGACCUCCAGUAUUGCGGACGAAGGCACCUAUACAUUGGACUCUAUCCUUCGGCAACUUAACUCAUUCCAUUCAGUCAUGUGUCAGCAUGGAAUGGAUCCAGAAUUGAUCAAGCAAGUGGUCAAGCAGAUGUUUUACAUUGUAGGUGCCAUUACUUUGAAUAACCUUCUGCUACGAAAGGAUAUGUGCUCUUGGAGCAAAGGCAUGCAGAUCAGGUACAAUGUCAGUCAACUGGAAGAAUGGCUCCGUGACAAGAAUCUGAUGAAUAGUGGGGCCAAAGAAACUUUAGAGCCCCUAAUUCAGGCUGCCCAGCUCUUACAGGUGAAGAAGAAAACGGACGAAGAUGCUGAAGCCAUUUGUUCCAUGUGUAAUGCUUUAACUACUGCACAGAUUGUAAAAGUUUUGAAUUUAUAUACUCCAGUUAAUGAAUUUGAAGAAAGAGUCUCCGUGUCAUUUAUACGUACUAUACAGAUGCGUUUACGAGACAGGAAGGACUCUCCUCAGCUGCUCAUGGAUGCAAAACAUAUCUUCCCUGUUACUUUCCCUUUUAACCCAUCCUCCCUUGCACUAGAAACCAUUCAGAUCCCAACCAGCCUGGGGCUGGGCUUCAUUGCAAGAGUCUGAACCAGAAUACGUUCACAGGCAGAUGCUGCUGACAAUAGUUUCUUGCUUGAAAUAAGAACCUAUUAUUUCCAGUGAGCUAUUGAAAACACAUUUUUUUAAAAAGAAAAAAUCCUGCAUAUUUCCCAAACUACAGGUGGAUAACUGGAAAUCUCUUUAGAAUACCUGGACUUCCCUGGAUAGAAAAGCAUGUUCUAAUACGACCCAUCGCUUUCAGAGAGACAUUUCCAUAUCUGACCUUUUAGGCAUCCAGAGCUGGAAUACAGGUGGAGGGUGAAAAAGAAACAAAGAGUUGCCAGCUGCCGGAAUCCAUUUUCAAUCCUCAGCACCUCAUUUAAAUAGCAUAAACUAACAUGUAUUCCUAGGUGAGUUGUUGAUAGGGAGCAAAGAGGACCACCUUCAGGCUACAUGGAAGACUUGAAAGAAAAAGAAACCAUAGUUAAAGACGUAGUAAUUUAGGCAUCAGUUAUGUUUAUAACUUGUCAAACUGGAAUGGAGAAAUAAACUGGCGAUCUAUAAAGUAA